AUGGUCGAUCUCGAAGGCUCCGGUUUCGCUUCUGGUGCUCUGUCUGGUGCUCCUUCUAAUGAUUUGUCUGGUGGUGUUCUUGGCUUAACUUCCUCCCCAGAGGCUCUAAUGAAUGCCCUCAAUUUACUUCAGCAGAACAUCAGCGCGCUUCAAUCGCUCAUCCCGUUGAUGGCGCAGCAGCAGCAGCAACAGCCAGUCGACAGCGCUCACGCGGAGCAGCUAAAGCAACAGCACGCUGCCGCGUCGGCCGGAAUUGCCUCCGUCAUUUCCCAGCUCGCGCUCGCCGCGGCGAACAUACUUCCCCAAAUGGGCCUUCCUGUUUCCGUAAAUGUCACCUCGGCUACUAUUCCACCCGCUAAUGUCACAUCCGGUGCUUUCCAGUCUGGGAAUGAGGUUCUACAGGGAACUCCUGCGAGCUUUGACUUCCAUAAUCUUGGCUUCCAGAUGUUGGAAUCGAAAUCGCGGAACGUGCGGAACGAUGAUACGGCUACGGCUCAGGUGCAGCUGAGUCUUGCUUCCUUGACCCCUGCUGCAGCCGAGUUUGUCAAGCUGCAGCAGCUCAAGAGCGUUAUUUCGCAAAAGGAGCAACAGCAGCACCAGCAGCUCAUUCAGCAGCAGACAACCGUCUCUCCAGGCGACGACACGUCGCCACUCGCAAUCGCGUCGCACCUGCCGCGGAAGCGAAAAAAACUCGAGCCCGUGACAAUGACGCCUGCUGCUGACGUGCGUCAGGGAAAUCCCGCGAUUUUCCCUCCUGGCGAUGACGGCGACGACGACGAGGGCGAGUUGUUGGCUGGAGAGUUCAACAUCGUCCAGAUGGACCCUGUGGAGCUGCUGGCGGAGCACACGCACUUCUGCGAGAUUUGCGGCAAAGGAUUCAAGCGAGACGCCAACCUCCGCAUGCACAUGAGAGGCCACGGCGACGAGUACAAGACGCCAGAAGCCCUCGCAAACCCCGACAAAACCUCGCUCUCACGGACAAACCCCACUGCCGCCGCUGAGAAAAAGCCGCUUCGAUACAGCUGCCCGUUUUUCGGGUGCAAGCGCAACCAGCAGCACCGGGCGUUUGUGCCGCUGAAGACGAUGCUUUGUGUGAAGAACCACUACCGCCGCACUCACUGCCCCAAGAUGCUCUCCUGCUCCAAGUGCGGUGCAAAGCGGUUCUCGGUGGUGGCGGACCUCAAGACCCACGAGAAGCACUGCGGGCGCGACCGCUGGCUGUGCUCCUGCGGCACGUCCUUCAGCCGCAAGGACAAGCUGCUCGGCCACCUCGCCCUCUUCAAGGGCCACCGCCCAGCCAACCCCUCCCUCACCGCUGCCGAUGACGGUGCUGCAGGCGCCAAACCCAUACUUGCUGCUUCCAGUCCCACCGUUGCUGCCCCUCCAGACGAUUACGCUGCGUAUGCAUUAGGUGUUAAAGCAGGCGCCGCAGCCGCCACAGCUGCAGUUUCUCCCAUGCUUUUUGGCGCUUCCUUUCAGCAACCUGAGCAACAACCUGGGUACCAUCCUGGAAGUCAACCUGAAGAACAACCUGAGCAACAACCUGGGUACCAACCUGAGCAACGAGCACUGGUAGACCUUGUCACGGCGGAUCUUCUGGGCUCAGCUGAGAAGGCUGCGAGGCUGGUGCUGUGA